AUGGGCACAAUAGCAUCUGUUCUUCAAUGGCAAUGCACAAAUUGCAAUGUUAUCAAUCCGACGGAAUCCCUAAAAUGUCUAAACUGUGGUUCAAUGCGCAAGGUGUGUGAUGGCACUCUAAAAAACAGCGAUAACAUAAAUACUGAAUUGGACAGUAAACAUUCGACGGGAGGAGCAAGCGGUACCAAAGGACCGACGACACCGGGAGACAACAAGUCGCCAUCAACAUUGUGUAACAACAAACAGCCACAGAUACCGCAGAUAAAUCCCAGUCCAGUUCCCCAGCAAACGGCAGCCGCACACCAGCCCCUUGAUGCAGAGCGUGAGGAUUCGUCGGCCAACAGUUGCAGGACUGAAUACAAACGCGUCUAUAAGUCAUUACUUAGAGGUUGCCUCAAGCGACCGCAACGCAAUCAACAAAAUUUGCCGGCAAACUGCGUAGACUGUGAGAAUACACGAAAAUACGUAAAGAAUUCCAUAGAACUGUUUCAUCAUUUUUCGAAUCCCUCCCUCAAUCGUCGUUGGAUAUGCGACAAAUGUGACACGGACAACAAUUCAGUAACCUGGCAUUGUUUGAUCUGCGACACAGUUAGCUAUUUAGCGCCCAUAUAUAAGGAAACACUUAACCAUCGAAAAUUGCCAAAUUGUAAACAAUCAAGUUUUGAUAGCGGCCAAAAUCUUGACGGAAAAUCAAAGCGAAAUGACAAGAGGACACCAUAUUUUCGUCGGACACAAAGCUUAACAUCGGAAAAGGCAUUUUCAUGUCGCAGUUGUCACAUAUGCUUUGUCAAUACUCGUAAAGAUAUUUUCAACUUACCCGAAACCUUUAUGCAUAAAUAUUCUUCCGCCAGUGGAGCUUCUAGCUCAAACGAAUUAUUUGGAAGAACAUUCGAACAACUGCCACCAUUACAACAACAAUCAUCAAGACGUUUGAAUCAAUUGGUUGGCGGUAAGGAUACAAUUUGUCGAAAGCACAACCAAACACAUAAUCAGAAUCAGAAUCGUGAGGCAAAGUGUAACUUUACCAUAACGACAUUGUCGCGUACAAAUAAAGUAGACGAUUCCAGCAAGAAAUUUACCAUUCCACGCAACAGUGUAUUUAUUGCAGUCAAUGAUUGCUGGGCGACACAAGACUCCGAAACCACAUCUAACGUUCAUAGUCAAACGCUUGCUGCCGGUGGUAAUGGCGCUGGCGGUGGGGGACUAGGUAGCGAUGAAAGGCAGCGAUAUCGCCAGCCGGUGAUGAAGGCAGAGUCUCUGCCUCAAUAUUGCGAUAGAAACGACAGCAUUGAACGUAAGCCCGUUCAACGGCGCAGCUCAAAUGAUACUGGCACCAGCACAGGUAUCUGCUAUGCCACAUUCAGCAAGGGCAUGUACAAGUCACAACAUAUAUAUGAAAAUGAUUGCAUUAUACAGAGACCCUCGAUUGUUGGUCGAGGGGCUUGUGGGACUGUUGUUGAUACUGACGAUAAUACAACUGCCACGAAUGCUACGGCUCCAAAUCAUCCCCUCUAUGCUGUGGUCAAUAAGAAUAACAAAUCAAAAAAUAAACAAUCAAAUGAAUUAGCCGGUCUAGCCGUUCAACAACAACAGCAGCAGCAGCAGCCGCACAUUUUAAGCGAUCUGCAGGCAAAGGCAGUAGCAACGGCCACCGCGGCAAUAACGACGCAUUUAUUGAAUAACAACAACAACCAUAACUACAACAAUGGUCAUAACAGUAGUAGUGGCAAUGUCAAAUUGAGAGGAAAUACCAGCCACCCUUCCAGUUCUUCGAAUUCUUCCGCUUGCAGUACAUCCGACAUCAUGGGUAAUAUGUUGCAUGCCGAUGCAACAAUUUUGGAUGCCAAUGGUGGCAGUGGUGCAGUAGGUGGCGGCAGCGGUCUUCGUCUAGAUCAUCAACAUCAUCACAAUCAGGGACAGACAGUCAACAAAGCAACCCAGCACACACAUGCCACCAAUAAAUUUGAUCCGAUUCUGACGACAACGACAAUUACCGCAGACGCCUUAAAAGGCGAUAGCAAUGCUGAACACUCCAUAUAUGCUAAAGUGUGGAAGGGUCCCCGUAAGACCAGUGAAUCAAAAAUAUCUAAUGUCCCAGCCGCUUCGAAUCGUGGAGGAGAUAAUAUCGGCACUUCAAUGGCAGCUACACGUACUGACAAUAAUUCAAUUCCAAAUUCUCGUAGAAUGUGGACUUGUACAAACUGUUCCUAUGCCUAUAAUCGUAUGUGGACUGAGCGUUGCGAAAUCUGUGAAAAUCUGCGUACUCAACCAUCUCUGACACAGCCCAAUUUAAUAACGGUUACCAAAACUGAUAUUCACACGACUGAUAACUUACCAAGAUCUAAUGAUCCAAUUCCAAUUGCUGCCACGUGGACUUGCAAGAAAUGUACACUGGUCAAUUCCAUUAAAGAUCAUGCAUGUGUUGUCUGUGGUGGCUCGAAAUUGAAAAGUAUAUCCUCUGUUGAGGAUAUGACACUGCGUAAGGGAGAAUUUUGGACUUGUUCACAGUGCACGUUGAAAAACUCACUGGCAACGGGAGUGUGUAGUGCUUGCAAGGCUGUUCGAACACUGCCCAUCGAAAGUGACCGAGAUCGUAUGGUGUGUCCGAUUCCCGAAGAAAUUCAUCGCAGUGUUAACCAAAGCGGAGGUGGAGGAGGAGGUAGUGUAUUCAUUCCCGAUGCAAUAUCACCUGGUAUUGGUCCACAUCAUCGGACUUCUGCGGCAAAUGUUACACCAACAUCAAAUUUACAAUUACCGCCAAUACGCACGUCGAGAAGUCCCUCUCCGCGACAAAAUCGUUCCUCAUCUGGGGCCAUUCCAAAGAGACAUAGUACCGGCGGUUCUGGUGGAAUUAUAUCGUCACGUAACACCACUGUAGUGUCUUCCACUAGCAACAAUAUCAUCAGCAGUUCUAGUCAACAGCAACAACAACGGCACAGUUCGAGCGGAACUGGCAGUGGGACCGUAAAAACCUGGCAAUGCCCUGCAUGCACCUACGACAAUUGUUCCGCAUCGGUCGUCUGUGAAAUGUGCUCCAGCCCCAGAGGAUUGGUGAAUAAUAUAACGAAAAUGGCACUGCUGCAUAAAACUAAUCGGCAUUCCGCCGAACUGCAACAGGAGAGUAAGUUAAUGGAAAAUCUGCGACGAAUUGAGGAGGCCGAGGCGUUGCAUAAAUGGGAAAAUAUAAUUCAGUACUGCCGCGACAAUAAUGAACUCUUUGUCGAUGACUCCUUUCCCCCGGCGCCGAAGAGCCUGUACUAUAAUCCGCAGCAAAGUCUCGCAGAGGGUAACCCGGUUGUACAGUGGAGAAGGCCACAUGAAAUCAACUGCGACGGAGGUGCCUUUCCACCUUGGGCAGUAUUCCGCACACCCUUGCCCUCCGAUAUAUGUCAGGGUGUUUUGGGAAAUUGUUGGCUUUUAAGCGCACUGGCUGUGCUAGCAGAACGCGAAGAUCUAGUGAGGGAAGUUUUAGUUACCAAGGAGAUUUGUCCCCAGGGAGCGUAUCAAGUUCGAUUGUGUAAAGACGGAAAGUGGACGACGGUAUUAGUCGAUGAUUUGUUACCAUGCGACAAGCGUGGUCAUCUAGUUUAUUCCCAAGCAAAACGGAAACAGCUGUGGGUGCCUCUAAUUGAGAAGGCAGUGGCCAAAAUUCACGGCUGCUACGAAGCUCUAGUUUCGGGCAGAGCCAUAGAGGGUUUGGCCACCUUGACAGGAGCACCUUGUGAAAGUAUACCGUUGCAGGCUAGUUCGUUGCCAAUGCCCAGUGAGGACGAACUGGACAAAGAUCUCAUUUGGGCUCAGCUCUUGAGUUCGCGAGGGGUACGUUUCCUAAUGGGUGCCAGUUGCGGUGGAGGCAAUAUGAAGGUUGACGAAGACGAAUAUCAUCGAAAGGGCCUAAGACCACGGCACGCGUACUCAGUUCUUGACGUCAAAGAUAUUCAUGGUCAUCGACUUUUGAAACUGCGAAAUCCCUGGGGACAUUUUUCAUGGCGUGGAGAUUGGUCUGACGAUUCAAACCUUUGGACUGAUGAAUUGCGUGAAGCCUUAAUGCCGCACGGAGCAUCUGAGGGUGUAUUCUGGAUAUCAUUCGAAGAUGUUCUGAACUAUUUUGACUGCAUAGACAUUUGUAAAGUACGUUCUGGCUGGAAUGAAGUACGGCUAAAGGGUACGCUUCAGCCGCUAUGUUCUAUGUCAUGUGUUCUCCUUACUGUUCUGGAACCAACUGAAGCCGAAUUCACUCUAUUCCAAGAGGGACAACGAAACUCAGAGAAGUCACAACGUUCUCAGCUGGACUUGUGUGUGGUGAUUUUUCGCACACGUUCUCCAGCGUCUCCCGAAAUUGGCCGCCUGGUGGAACACAGUAAACGUCAGGUUCGCGGAUUUGUUGGCUGCCAUAAAAUGUUGGAACGUGAUAUUUAUUUACUAGUUUGUUUAGCAUUUAAUCACUGGCACACCGGUAUCGAAGAUCCUCAUCAAUACCCUCGUUGUAUUUUAGCUAUACAUAGCUCGAAACGUUUGCUUGUAGAACAGAUAACGCCCCCACCACAUCUAUUGGCAGAUGCCAUCAUUAGUUUAACAUUGACAAAGGGACAGCGCCAUGAAGGCAGAGAGGGCAUGACUGCUUAUUAUUUAACAAAGGGUUGGGCCGGCUUGGUGGUAAUGGUUGAAAACCGACAUGAAAACAAAUGGAUUCAUGUUAAAUGCGACUGUCAGGAGAGUUACAAUGUUGUUUCCACCAGAGGCGAAUUGAAAACCGUUGACUCAGUUCCGCCACUUCAAAGGCAAGUUAUUAUCGUUCUGACACAGCUGGAAGGUAGUGGAGGAUUCAGCAUUGCCCACCGUCUAACACAUCGCUUGGCAAACUCGAGAGGUCUCCAUGACUGGGGUCCACCGGGAGCAACACAUUGUCCACCAAUUGAAAAUGUGCACGGUCUGCAUGCUCCGCGUUUGAUCACAUAAAGCGUCAGU